UACAUGCCUUCAAGGCUGAGUUGGUCUUUGACUUUGUAGUCUUUGUUGGUGGCCACCAUCUGGUCGGCAACAACUUGCGUUGUGAAUUUACUCACUAGAAUAGGUAGCUCAAGUCGUCCUAGUGCAGUAAUAGUAGUCCCUUGUCGAUCCCUAGUUAGGCAGCGAAUUCGUAAUGGAGCCUCUGGCAAAUUCCUCUCCGAGGGCAAGCCCUGGUCACUCAACAGAAGAUAUUUCCAGCUGGCAUUCUGAGGCGGUAGAAAUGGUCAACGGUGGAGACUCGAGCGACUCCGACAGCCUGGGAGAGGAGGUGCUGAACGAUUUUCAGUCGCUUAUGGGCGAUGCUCGGGACAUGAGCAGGUCAAUGACAAGUCUGGAUGGAUUUGGCAGUGCCACUGUGUCUCCAGACAAGGUCAAGGUCCUGGCCUCAUGUAUCCAGGACUUAGACCAGCAGAAGGAGGUACUGUUCUCCACCAUCAGCAAGAUUGAGUGCAACUCAACGCUGCGAGCGUUAGCCAUGGGACGAAAGCUCACGGCAGCCAACUUAGCCAUCAAGGAUCUGCAAGAGAAGUCGAGCCAAGAUGCUGAUUCCAUUGCUAGUGCUGACAAGGAGAUUGAGGCAUUACGCUCUGACGUUGAGUCCCUGCUGACCAUCUUGUCUACUGCGUUCUGUGAUGGAGAAUGGGAGUGCCUGGAUGGCGAGUUGAAUACGGUGGACAUGGAGCGGCUGCCAGGCAAGAACGGUGCCCUGUCCGUAGAGGGGUUGCAAGUGCUCAAGCUACAAACUAAGUUGUCCGAGCAGAAGUCCGAAUUGGAGGCAUACCGCCACGAGGUGACUCGUCUCCGUGACCAGCAGACCGCCGACCUGGAGCAGCAGUUUGUUCAGCUUCAGGAUGAGCUUUCAAGCUGUCGUUCUCAAGGCGAAGGACUUCACAGCCAGCUGUCCACACGCGAAGCAGAGCUGCAGCGACUUAACAACGAGAUGACACAGCUGACCCAGGAACUAACCGAGAAAGAUCAAGAUAGUGCUGGGAACCUGGCGUUGAUUCAGAAGCUUCAGAGCCAGUACGAGAGUUGUCUUGGAGAGACUACCAAGCUCAAAUCCACCAUCGAGGAGCUUGAGCCACAAGUGACCUGCUUGACAACGGAUGUGACACGCUUGGAGAAGGAACUUGCAGCGUCACAGUGCUCCAGCCAUCUAGCACAAGAGCAGGUGGAAAACUUGAGGCAUGAUCUUGAGGUGGUGGAGACCAGCGCUGCUCGUGACGUGUGCUCGUGGCAAGAAGAGGUUGCAAAAAGAGAUGCAGCUCUUGAGCAACUGCGACAGGAGUUGUCCACUUGUUCCACCCAGUACGCAGAUAGCACUGGCAAGGUGCGCGAGCGCGAGCAGAAGAUUUCGCAGCUUGAGCUACUGCAGGCGCAGUGUACCUCGGAUAUUCUGGAACGUGAGAAGGCCAUAGCUGGACUGGAGGCUAGACUUUCUGACACAGAAAUACAGGCUGAGGAUAAAAUACAGUCCAUGGAGCGGCGAAAGCAGGACAUUGAAGAACAGCUUCAUUGCCGUGAUCAGCUGUUGGCUGCGGUCAGCGUGGAGCUCAGCGCCAUCCGCCGUCACUACAAGGACUGCUGUGAGGAGCUGCAGCGUCUGGAGGACACACGGCAGGAGAUGAGCGAUCGCUGCUCCACGAUCGAGCAGGACUGCUCGAGCUGCAGCGAGCGUGUGCGCGACGUCAAGAGCCAACUAACGUUGCUGGAUGGCUGCCCGGAUGAAAACUCGGAUAGUGUUGAUGGCAUGUCGGCAUCACUCUUCGCUUCGCUCUCCUGCCCCCCGCAGGAUGGUGGCGUGUCCAGGGUGCAGUUGCCGCGUGCGCUAGAAACGGGCGUGGAGGUGCGCGAGGCCGCACUGUGUGACCUGCGCGCCGAGGUAGACCAGUGCCAGCAGCUGUACUCGCAGGUGAACGAUCGCAUCCAGGAGCGCCAGCACUAUCUGGAUGCCGUUCAGCCGGCUUAUCAGCAUGCUGAGAGUGAGGUGGAGUCUUGCCGUUCGAAGAUCGAAACCAUCCAGCAGCAGCUGGACAACCUGAGGAGUCGUGAGUCGGAC